AUGUCCUCUCUAAACGGGGCAUACGACCAGAACCUACUUCAUGAAGCUCCCGCAGCCACGAGGGCACAGAGGCAGGAAGGUUACAACGUCGAUUUACUCGAUGACCGUCCCACACGCCCCACAUCCACUCAACCACUCACUCUUCCACAACCAAUUCCUAGCGAUACAGACGUUGAAAGCAGCUCGUUGACACAGGAAAAGAUUGUUCCUGAACCUGCACAUGCCUCGCGUCCUGCCCAAUCCUUUUGGCGGACUCGUAAUGGCAAAAUCACCAUCUUCGUUAUUGCCAUCGUCAUUAUCGGUGCUAUAGUCGGUGGCGCCGUCGGUGGGACUGUCGGGAAAAUCAGCUCAAAUAACAACGCCCCUGCAAAGAAUGGCCCAACCUCGAGCACUUCUACGUUCUCGUCUGGUGAGACAACCUCAAUUCCUACGACAGCGACUAGCACUGGCACCGAAGUUGCACAAACCACUCCGCCCGGCCAGUCAUUUGCAAGUAGUACUACAGAGGCGGCACGCACCAGCCCGUCAGCGGCACCCACUUAG